UGGAGACUUCUGAAUUCUUUGCUCGUAAUCUCGCCUAACCUCGAAAUUUCAGCGCAGCGGGAAUUGUCAACAGGUUGGAGCGAAGAUCUAACAUGUUUAGCGAGAUUAUACACGAAUGAAGUUGAAUUUCCUUUCAAGAAGCGCUCGUGGGGCGCAGAUGGUAUUUAACAGGCCAGUCAGUUUGACAGCACUAGCGAUGGCCAAGAGCAAAUACGAAUAUGUUAAGGAAUUCGAGCACGAAGACAAUUGCUUGCCGAAUUGCUGGAUCGUGGUUAGAAUCGACGGUAGGAACUUCUCUAGGUUUUCGGAAGUCCAUCAAUUUGCUAAGCCUAACGAUGUCGCGGCGUUGGAAUUAAUGAAUCGAGCAGGGAUCACCGUUAUGGAAGAUUUCAGGGAAAUUGUCAUAGCGUACGGACAGAGCGACGAGUACUCCUUCGUCUUUAGAAAAGACACUCGACUAUUUAAACGUAGAGCCUCAAAACUCAUGUCGAAUGUCAACUCCUUGUUCGCAUCCGCAUAUGUGUAUUAUUGGCCACAGAUUUGCAGAGGCAGGGAACUUCAGUAUCCUCCUUCGUUCGAUGCUCGAGUAGUUCUGUACCCUACCGACAAGAAUUUAAGAGAUUAUUUAGCCUGGCGACAAGCUGAUGCUCAUGUCAAUAAUUUAUACAAUACUUGUUUUUGGAGCUUGGUGUUGAAGAAGAACAUGACUCCUGCUCAGGCGGAAGAAAAGUUGCGAGGCACGCUAGCAUCGGACAAGAAUGAACUGCUCUUCCAAGAAUUUGGAGUCAAUUAUAACAACGAGCCUCCAACGUUUCGGAAGGGUACGACGUUGUUGCGAAAGCUCGUUCCUGACGGGACAGGACGACUGAGAACGUUAGUAGUGCCUUUAGUGGACGAUAUAAUCGGGGAUCGGUUCUGGAAAGAGAACCCAGAGGUGAUCGGGCUGAAAAGUUUGGGCACUUAUCAGCCCCCUCCGAAUACAACCGUGCCAUCGCAAAGUGUGGUUCCACUGUCGAUACCUCCAUCGCUAGCUAUUAUUUCCCAAACGAAAGACCUUCCUCUCGUACCUAAUCGUCAGAAUUCAGUGAUCGACGAGAAACCUGCAGAAAGACUCCAUGAAACAGACUCUGGUACGAUACAGUGUGAUCGAUCUAACACUCUACGAAUUCGCAGGACGUAAUGUUUAUUAUUUUUACCUACUCUAAGAGAAUAGUGUUUAGAAACCGAAUAUAUGACUUUUCAGUGUAUCGUGGAAGACGGUAUGACAGAAGAUUUUUUUGAGAAUGCGCAGGAAGAAAGACUUUUUAUACACUAGCUGAAGCGACGGUACUUUAGCUUUCCACUUGUGAUGCCUAAGUUAACGUAAUAUAUUUUUUUUUUUUAGUCUAUAUGAAUUAUGGGUACUACGUACUAUGCACUCGAUACAUGGAUUAUUAUCAAUGAACAGUAAUUCUUAUCAUUAGGUUGUAUUAAACAUAUCGUACAGUGUAUCAUGAUCG